CAGAACCAGCAAUCCCAAAAGCUUAAUUUCAACUUUCUGUCUUCUAUUUUUGAGUGACUAUCUUUUCCUGUCUCCGAUCUCUCUCUCACCAUGAUUAAUUUUCAAGCAGCUUCUUUUAUUAUCUUAAAGAUGUUAUUUGUUCUGGUUCUUCUCCUCCCAAGCACAUCUGGUGAUUGUACGUGUGAUUCUACGGCCAAAGAGAAUGACAGUAGCUCAGCAGUACUAAAAUAUAAACUGGGUUCAAUAGCCUCCAUUCUUGUUGCUAGUGCUGUAGGGGUAUGCAUUCCAUUGCUAGGCAAGAAAAUUCCAGCUUUGAGGCCAGAAAAUGAUAUCUUUUUCAUUAUCAAGGCCUUCGCAGCUGGUGUGAUUCUAGCAACCGGAUUCAUUCACAUACUGCCGGAUGGAUUUGAUCGCUUGACUUCUCCAUGCCUUAAUCAAAAUCCGUGGGGCAAUUUUCCCUUCACAGGCUUCUUUGCCAUGGUCUCUGCUAUUGGAACAUUAAUGGUUGACACGUAUGCCUCUAGCUAUUAUAAGAGUAUGCACUUUAAGAAUCAGGGAAAUGUUGCAGCUGAAGAGACGGUCGAUGAGCACGUGGGUCACGUACAUGUUCACACGCAUGCCGCACAUGGUCACGCUCAUGGGUCAUCAGUCACCCCUUCCGAAGGAAUGCAUCUGCCGGAGCUAAUCCGUCACCGUAUUAUAGCACAAGUGUUGGAAUUAGGGAUUGUGUUUCAUUCAGUGAUCAUUGGAGUAGACUUGGGUGCUUCUAAAAGCGUUGCGACGGUAAAGCCUCUCCUAGUAGCCUUGACUUUCCAUCAAUUUUUUGAGGGUAUUGGGCUUGGUGGCUGCAUGACUCAGGCAAAAUUCAAGUCUAGGUCUGCGGCAAUAAUGGCAAUAUUUUUCUCACUGACAACCCCAGUAGGGAUUGCUGUGGGCAUGGGGAUAUCAAGUACUUACAACGAUAACAGCCCAACUGCUCUAAUUGUGGAAGGGACUUUCAAUGCUCUUGCAGCUGGGAUUCUGAUUUAUAUGGCGCUUGUUGACCUGCUAGCACAUGAUUUCAUGAACCCGAGAGUGCAAAACAAUCUGAGACUCCAAUUAGGAGUAAAUAUCUCUCUUCUUCUUGGGGCUGGAUGUAUGUCUCUGUUGGCCAAAUGGGCUUGAAUUUUAACCUCUCUUUUUGGACAACGUCACACCACCAUAAAGAAAUACGAAGUACAUAUCACAGAAAGUUUUCGCCGGUGUUACAUAUAUUUUACGUAAAUCAAAAGAACAAAGUGUCAUAUAUAUAGCAAAGUUUUCUCUGAUUUGUUUGUUUCGGUUGACUACCUCAACCUAGCUCCACUCUUGUCCUUCAAUUUUUCUGUAACUUUAUUUAUUUGUUUCUUUAGUAAAGUUUCUUUUCCUUCCGGGUCAA